AUGUCCAAGAGAAAGGCUGAAGGGGAUGCUAAAGGAGAUAAAGCCAAGGUGAAGGACGAACCACGGAGAAGAUCCAUGAGAUUGUCUGCUAAACCUACCCCUCUAAAGCCAGAGCCCAAGCCUAAAAAGGCCCCAGCAAAGAAGAGAGAGGAGGUGCCCAAAGGGAAAAAGGGAAAAACUGAUGCUGGCAAGGAGGGAAAUAACCCUGCCGAAAAUGGAGAUGCCAAAACAGACCAAGCACAGAAAGCUAAAGGUGCUGGAGAUGCCAAGUGA